CAUUUACCUGCUGCAUGCAGAAACUAGGGGGAACGAUUAAAUUCCAGUUGUGAUAUUUCUGUGACAUUAUAGUUUCUGCAUAUAUCAAAUUUAUCUAUACUUUUAAAAAUACAGAAUUACAUCACUAUGUUUUGAGUUCCAGUUCCAGUUAGUGGCACUAUUUCUUGAGAACCAUUUACUUCUAGUUGCAAGGAAAUAAAACAGAUGGUGGUGUGCACUUCUUUUUAUUUUGUACUAGUAUAGCUGAAUUAAUUCUACAAACAGUUGAAAUGUUAAAUACAUAAUGCAAUGUAUAAUAUUUUCGGAGAAACUUACAUGAUAUGAGCUCUUCAAGUGCACUGGCUCAUCAGUCUUGAAUGUUCAUGUUAUCAUGCACUAGAAAUGGUUGAAGUUACAGACACGUGUUUGCUAAAUUACGGACUGUCUAGUCCUUGUACAGUUCGGAAAGUGUGCAGCAGGCAGUUAACUCAGGAACCAUGAGGAGCAUGUUGCCACUUGCAAUUACCUGUAGAUAAAUAUGUUGGCAUGGUGCACACUAAAGCUUUCAGUGCUAAUUUUCCAUCCAGUAUUGUUUUGUGCAAACUUUAGUGUUUGUAGCAAACUAGCAUUUGUCCAAUUUGUUGCAAAUGUGAUUUUGAGAAUUGCAGAACAUUUGUUGCUGCUAGGCGAACAUUGACAUAAGAAACAACUGCUAUCUGGCACCUAUUGCCAUUUGGCUGAUGUCUGGUGUUUCUCUUGAGCAGUUGGGCAUAGGGGCAGACACAUUUUGUGGAGGUAAACAGCUUGCUCCUCUGAUUAACCACCAGCAAGUGAUACCAAUCUUCAUAACCAUCUAUAUCUGGCAAAUUAUGCCUUUCUGAACAAAUCAUUUUUCUACAGAACAAGUCUUAUUUGCUCUACCUGCGAAUAUCUUGUAAUGGGAGUAUCAUGCAUGCCAACUAGGCAAUUUUGAUGAUACUAACAUAAGAUAUUAUGCACUACGGAUGUAGUAUCAUAUGCAUGAUACUAGUAUAUGAUACUCGCCAUUACGACCAGCCUUAGAGGUUUGGGAGGUUCAGCUUCUGUCACGCCGCCACCUGCUGGAUUCGAGCUUCCAUCUCCCCAGGCCACCGGCGUGCCCGACGACGUGCUCCUCGCACUGCAGCCAUGCCAGCCAAGCGUGCAUGCCCGGUCUCGGAUGGCCUGUGCGUCCAAGCGUGCGACGAAGGAGGCCCGCGUGGUGCUCCAACCGGAGAAAUACCUUCUCCGAUGUGUGAGCACCACAUUAAUUUGGACUCGCUGCUCCGGGCUAUGAAGCCAUUUCCGUUAACUAGCUGCUUCUUAGUGACUACUCCUUCCGUCCCAAAAUUCUUGUCUUAGAUUUGUCUAAAUACGGAUGUAUCAAGUCACAUUUUAGUAUUAGAUACAUCCGUAUCUAGACAAAUCUAAGACAAGAAUUUUGGGGCGGAGGGAGUAUUUAUUAUGUAAUCCCUGAUUGUAUUACGCAGAUGAUUAUCCUUUAAUUAAUAAAGUCGAGAGCAAUACGCAGAUGAGGAGCCAAGUACCUCCAGGUGAGGUACUUGGCUCCUCCUUGGCAAGUCAAGAGCAAUAUGCAGAUGAUGAGGAGCCAAGUACCUCAUCUGAUCAAUAAAGUCAAGUGGCCAAUCCCUCGUAUUUCCCUUGAAUAUGAGACCACCGGCCCCGGAGAUAUGGGCUUGGGCAGGUUGACAUCUUCGUCAUGGGGAUUGGCAGUGGUGGUACUGUCACCGGCGUCGGCAAGUACCCCAAGGAGAAGAACCCCAAUGCGAAGAUCUAUGGAGUUGAACCUGGCAAAGCAAAUAUUCUGAAUGGUGGCAAGCCAGGGCUUCACCAAAUAACUGGAAAUGGAGUGGGAUUCAAGCCAGACAUUUUGGACAUGGACAUAAUGGAGAAGGUUCUUGAGGUGAAAGGUGAGGAUGCCGUCAAGAUGGCGCUGCAAGAGGGCCUGCCUGCUGAUUACAUUGAAGUGUUGCUGAACUUGUGGAAUUUUCGCAUGUGGGGAUAUCAUCAAUUGCCAACACGGUGGCAGUGAUUGAACUUGCAAAGAGGCCCGAAAACAAUGGGAAGCUCGUCGUGACUGUUUCAUCCGAGUGCGGGAGAGCGAUACUCUUAUCGUCGGCGCUGUUUGAGGGUCUGAGGAAGGAGGCUGAGGCUAUGCAGCGAGCGCCAGUGGGCUAACUUGGAGCUAUAUAACGCAUACAGAAUAAAUCCACUGGCUACCAUGUUGGGCAAGUGUAGUUGUACCUCAUUUGCAAUUCUUCAGUUUGUUCCUUCAUUCAUGUGGACCACGUGUAAGCAAAAGUUGAAAUGGUUGGAAAAGAAGGACUGUACUUCUCUGGCGAUCUA